GAUCUGAUACAACCGCCAUACACCGCCGAUAAUAAUGAUAACAGCAAUCACAUUCUGAUGAAGAGAGAAAUUUCGUGGAACAUUGAUAAAUCAACGGAGGCAACACCUCGUGACACUGAUAGCACUAAUGAUGAGGAUGCUUCCAGCUCCACUCGAACAACACCCCGAACAACAAGAAAAGCAACAACUGAGUCAAGCAAAUCCUCAUCAAAUUGUUAUCAUAGAUUCCAAUUGAUUACUUCUAAUGAUACAGUACGUAUUGCGUACUUCUUUCAAUUCACAAUACCGAUUUUAUUGAGUGUUUUGCAGAAUAUCAGUGAAACAUCAUCACUAUCAAAACGACGGAUCAAUCAAAAAGCUGAAUCGAUGUUCGGUGGUAACGUUGAUGUGAUAUGCUCAAAAGGCCAUUUCUCCUAUGUCUAUUCAUCGGAUCUGUAUUGUGAAGCCACUAACGAGGGUAUCACUUGUAUUGCCUUCAGACAAUCGUCCAACAACUAA